GCAGGUUUGACCUGUUUGGCAACUUUGUUCCGCUUACAACUAACUCUCUUUCCGAUAAAUCCCACCACAUCGCACGAUCUUGUCUCCUUUGCCAGCCUCACGAUUUGAACGAGACCCAGGCCAAUCCUGCCCGUCAUGACUUUACAAGCGGCACAGAGGCGCAUAGCGCUCUCUCGACUUCCGACUUUUCGCAAACAGACGAGCGCCCCGCGUCGCAAUCUUAUACCCGCGCCGCAGUCGAAUUCAGGCCCAUUGAUGGAACGACGGGCGGAUCGCGAACUACCCUCCGUGAAGCCAGACCGACGCUGGCUGCGGACUUUGCCCCUGUUUGCGGUCGCCGUGGGAGCCGGUCUGCUCGGUAUCUUCAACUACCAGAAGUCGUCGUCGAGCGUGGUCAGCAGUAACCUCUACGCCCUUCGGACGUCGCCUCGCGCACGCGAGAUCCUGGGCGACGAGAUUUAUUUCGCCCAAAAGAUACCGUGGAUCAGUGGGGAGAUGAACCAGCUCCAUGGACGCAUCGAUAUCUCCUUCUGGGUGAAGGGCACCAAGGCGCAGGGGAAGAUGAGAUUCAGAAGUAUCCGGCCAGACCGCAUGAGCUACUUUCGUACCGAGGAAUGGAGUCUGGAGACGGAAGAUGGGACUGUAAUCCCGCUUCUUACCAGCGAUACCGAUCCAUUCCGUCAAAGUGAUUGAACAAACCCGGACACUAUCUGAAAGUUUAUAAGUUUGGGCGAGAAACCAGGAGAUUUGUAUAUCACAAGUUAUCAUUAUUUUCUUUGCAUAUUCCAGGCGUACCAGGAUUCUUCCAUCUUUUGUUGCAGGAACUUCUCCGCUUUGUGCUUUACGGUUACAGGACUUGCUCUCCUGGGGCUUUGCGCCGUGGAUGAGCGGGUCGACACAAUUGGGACCGAUAAAUAGGACAUCAU